UUAUGUACUCUCUCGUUCUUUCUCUCUCUCACUGAAUACAGAAACAACAAACUCAUCUCAUCCCCAAAGUUACUGGCAAUCAUGAUCAAGUUUCUCUUGGUUUCUUCCAAAUCUAAAUCAAGGUCCAUCUCUUCUUCUUCUCGCUACUGUUCCUCAAUACACCAUUACCGUUCAACACUUUUUUGCAAUUCAACCUCAUUGCACCCGCAUAUCACUCCUUCAAUCCCUUCACAUCUCUUCAAUCCAUCUGCGUUUCCACCAAAAGAAGCCAAUUUCACAGAUUCAGCCCAAACCAUAUAUGGGUACUUGGCUUUUCACAGAAGAUCUGGCGGUUAUCCGAGGUUUUCCGGUACCCAACUCUCAGUAAACCGUUCCGUUUCACGUUUGCUAAAUCCAAAAAAAUUAGAAAAUUCCAAUCGCAGUGGAAGUGGGUUUUGGAGAACUCGGGAUUUGGUGGGUGGUGUGAGGAGUUUCAGUGGUGAAUCGGACCGAGAUUCUAUGCAGUAUGAUGUUGUGAUUGUUGGAGCUGGGCCUGCUGGGUUAUCGGCGGCGAUAAGGUUGAAGCAGAUAUGCCGCGAAAAGGAUGUGGAUUUAUCAGUCUGUGUUGUUGAGAAAGGUGCCGAAGUUGGUGCUCAUAUCAUAUCGGGGAAUGUUUUUGAGCCCCGGGCACUGGAUGAACUUCUUCCCCAAUGGAAACAGGAAGAGGCACCAAUCAAUGUUCCUGUUUCUUCUGAUAAGUUUUGCUUACUCACCAAGGAUCGUGCAUUUCCCCUUCCUUGUCCUUUUGAUAACAAAGGAAACUACGUUAUAAGUUUGAGUCAGCUAGUACGUUGGUUGGGAGUGAAAGCUGAAGAAUUAGGGGUUGAAAUAUACCCAGGCUUUGCUGCUAGUGAGGUUUUAUAUGAUGCAAAUAACAAGGUUAUCGGCAUUGCAACUAAUGAUAUGGGAAUUGCCAAAGAUGGUUCUAGUAAAGACAAUUUUCAGCGUGGUGUAGAAUUGAAAGGGCGUGUUACACUUCUUGCUGAAGGAUGCCGAGGGUCAUUAUCAGAGAAAAUAAUAAGAAAUUACAAGUUGAGAGAGAAGGGGCAGGGGCAACAUCAAACUUAUGCUUUAGGAAUUAAAGAGGUAUGGGAAAUUGACGAGGACAAGCAUAAACCUGGUUCCGUACUUCACACAGUGGGUUGGCCUUUGGAUCACCAAACCUAUGGCGGAUCCUUUCUGUACCAUAUGAAAGAUAGACAGGUUUCUGUUGGGCUUGUGGUUGCUUUGAAUUAUCACAACCCUUUCUUGAACCCUUAUGAGGAAUUCCAGAAACUUAAAUGUCAUCCUGCCAUCAGACCUCUUCUUGAAGGCGGAACUGUUCUCCAAUAUGGCGCUCGUGCAUUGAAUGAAGGCGGUUUUCAGUCUAUUCCAUAUCCAGUUUUCCCGGGAGGAGCAAUAAUUGGAUGUGCAGCUGGUUUCUUAAAUGUACCAAAAAUAAAGGGAACACAUACUGCCAUGAAAUCAGGAAUGAUAGCAGCGGAAUCUGCAUUCAGUUUACUUCAUGAAGAGUUAAAUAUGGAAACUUACUGGGACAAUUUAAAAAAUUCAUGGAUAUGGGAAGAACUUCACGGUGCGCGGAACUAUCGGCCGGCGUUCAAGUAUGGGCUUAUUCCUGGUUUGGCUUUAAGUGCUUUAGAACACUACAUUCUGAAAGGAAGAUCCCCCUUAACGCUGAAGCAUGAAAAACCUGAUCACGAAAUGACAAAGCUCUUACAUUUGCAGGAAGCACAAUUAUGCUCACCAAUUCAUUACCCAAAGCCAGAUGGGAUUGUGUCUUUUGAUGUGCCAACCUCUUUGUACAGGAGCAACACAAAUCACGAUCAUGAUCAACCAGCUCAUCUUCGCUUGAGGGACCCCAAGAUUCCUGAAAUUAUAAACAUGCCGAAAUAUGCUGGACCUGAAUCACGAUAUUGCCCUGCACGUGUAUAUGAGUACGUUCCUGAUGAAAAGGGUCAACUGAAGCUGCAGAUCAAUGCUCAAAAUUGCCUGCACUGCAAGGCUUGUGAUAUCAAAGAUCCAAAGCAGAACAUUGAGUGGACUGUUCCAGAAGGUGGUGGUGGCCCGGGCUACUCAAUCAUGUAGAUAAACAGCCUUGGCUCAUGGAUCAUGCAAAAUUAUCUUCAACUCUUGCCAUCUUCGAUGAAAUAAAUAGUACCUGUUGUGCAGUUUUCUGAAUUCAAUAAAAUUGCAAUUUUUUUGUCAGUA